AUGGCUAGACAGCGAGGUUUGGGAUCACGGUCCAGAGACACACGAUGGGAGCAUGAGCCCGUAGAGGAGGACGCCAACCUGUCCACUUCUUUCUUUCCCCUCCCUGAGUGGGAUGAGCGGACUUUGUACUUCUCCCCCGACCACCAUAUUUCUGAGAGGGUGCGUCGUGGGAUUACUGCUGGUAGAACACGUUGCCAUGGCUCGGGCAACGAUACUGUGGGAAACCUAUCUGGUUCUACGAGUACUUUCUUUCACUUACGCCGGCGAGACCGUCACCACGCAGGUUUCCUAUUCUCAUCUCAUAGGCAUUCUUCGCGGGAGCCUGAUGUGAAGUACCGGCCGUGGAACGGCUUUGUUGUCCCUGGGCUAGCCGCGCAAUACACUACUAAGCGUCGCUACUUCUUAGGGACGUAUGGGGCGGUUUCAUACCUGGGAGAAAGGGUUGCUAUUCAGCACUCCUCAAAUGUCUUCGUCGUCCCUUCUUCCCCGUCGCGUCAUAUGUUCAAUGACGCGAGGCUGCUCAACAUGUCGAAGAGGGCUGGUACCCUUUGGCAAUCUCAUGCGAUCCCAAGGCAGUGCUAUGAGGAAGAGUUGCUGCCGUUGUUAGCUCCAGUCCCUGUUUUGUCUGAGGAGGCGACAGCUGGGCCUACUAAGCUCGUGCUCCCUCGUAUGUCCAUCCAUUACCAGGAGACAUACGGGCCUAUCGAGGAGAUGAUUCCUCCGGCUCAUGAGGAUCAUCGCUUCGUGGAGCGAUUGAUUCCUCACCACCAGACUUCGAUAAUGGGUGACAAGGAUAGUUUGGUUGACAUCUGCCUUAGAGUGGGAGGUGCUUUUGUCCCUAAAAGAGUAACCAAAAACAGGCAGCUGCUGUGUUGGUGUGGUGGUUGGUGUUACUGGAAGAGGAAGGUUCAAGUAUCUAAGUUGGAUGUGCAUUUGAUUAGAACAGCUGCAAUUCAUGGUUUUGUUAAUGGUGAUAUGGAUGUGCCUAUGCAUUACAGCUGUUGGUAUAGGCAGAAGGGGAAAACCUUUAACACUGGGAAAAGGGAACUAGUUAACAGUGAAGAGGUUAAGGGCCUUUUGGAGACAGUAAAUGAAGAGGGGUAUGUUGAGGUUUUUGUAACAACAGAAGCUCCUAGUCAGCCCAUACAAGAGGCCCAACCCAAUCCUGCAAAGACAAAAAAAAAGGAUAAGAAGGUAGAAAGUUCAAAUACAUCGACUAUUAGGAGGAGCCCUAGGUUUAAGAAGACAGAAACUGAACAAAGGGAGGAGAGUCCACCUAGGAAAGCCUCAGCUAAUGCUAAAGUGUUGAGGUUUGAUGAAGAAAAGGAUGAUGGAUGUGAAGGAUCUGGUUAUUCAAGUUCAGAUUUGAGUGAUGAGGGACAAGAUUGGGAACCUGGUGAAGAAGAAUUUGAUGAAGGGGAUGAGGAAUGGUAUAUUGAAGGGUCAAAGGAGAUCUUGGCCAAAGUGAACAAGAGCCUUAGGAAAGGUUUGGAGAGUGCAGUAGAUGACAGGGUUGGCAAAGAUAAGAGAGUAGAGUUGAGAAAUGAUUUGGAUGUUGGAAAACCGAAGGUGAAUCCAGAAAGUGAUGCUGAUUCAGAUGAUUCAAGGAGUUUGUGUGGAUCUGAUGAGGAACAGGACUAUGCUCCUUGGUUUAAUGCUGAUGUGGACUUUGACAACCCAAUCAAGUUGAAGUUAAAUCAGAAAUUCAGUAAUGCUUCAGUCUUGAGGAGGGCCUUAAGACUUCAUGCCAUUCAAAACAGGUAUGAGUUCUACUACUUGCAUAAUGACAGUAAAAGGAUUACAGUUCAGUGUAGAUAUAGAUGUGGCUGUGAGUUCAAUAGCUACACUUGUAGAAUGCCUGCUUGUACAUGUGUGGGGGGGGUAAAGUGUCAGUUCAAGGUGUUUGCAUCAAAACUUGUUAAGCAGCAAACUUGGCAAAUCAAAACCUUGAAUUUAGACCAUUCCUGCUUCAGAGUAAAGAAGAACAAGAUGCUUACUGCUGAAUACAUAGCAGAGAGGUAUUUAGAAGAGUUUAGGAGUAACCCUGGUUGGAGAAUUAAGGAGAUUAGGGCUAGGAUUUUGAAUGAUUUAGGAGUUGAUGUGAGUUACUAUAAGGCAUGGCUAGCUAGGUGUAGGGCAAAACUACUGAUAUUUGGUUCAGCUAGGGAGCAGUAUGCUAGGGUGUGGGAUUAUGGGAAAGCUGUGAUGAAGUACAACCCUGGUUCAGGGUGCAAUGUUGUUGUUGAUGGUAUUGACAGGCCAGAGCCACCAUUGUUCAUGAGGAUGUUCAUCUGUUUAAGGCCAUUGAGAGAUGGAUUUGCAAAGGGUUGUAGGCCUUUAAUAGGGUUGGAUGGUUGUCACCUCAAGGGUGCCUUUCCUGGGCAAAUUCUGGUGGCAGUUGCUAAGGAUGGGAAUAACAACUUGUUUCCUCUAGCUUGGGCCACAGUGGAGAUUGAAAACCAGGAAACUUGGGGUUGGUUCUUGGAAUCCCUUAUGUCAAUGUUCACACAUGAUCAAGGAGCUGGGCUGACCAUCAUGUCUGACAGGCAAAAGGGUUUGAUUAAAGCAAUGGCUGAUGUUAUUCCCAAAGCUGAGCAAAGGUUUUGUGUGAGGCAUAUUUGGGCUAACUUCAAGCUCAACUUCACUGGAUCAACCUUUAAGGAGCUGUUUUGGAGAGCAGCUAGGGCCACCACCAUUGUAAGUUUAUUGAUUGUUGAAGCUAGCCUAUGCUUUUAUAUGACUGUUGGUGUGUUUUUAUAUUGGUUAGCUUGUAUAUGCUUGGUGUGA